CUCCGAAGGUAGACACAUGAAGUGCAACUCGGGUGCCCGCUGAGCAGAGGAUACACCCGGCACCCGGGAUGAGCCAAGGCGCCGAGGUCGUUUGUGAGGGUUGGCUGCGAAAAUCACCGCCGGAAAAAAAGCUUCGGCGUUACGCAUGGAAGAAGCGCUGGUUUAUGUUGCGCAGCGGUCGGCUGAGCGGCGAGCCAGACGUUCUGCAGUAUUUCAAAAACCCUCAUUCCCGAAGGCCCAUUGGAACCAUCGACUUAAACCUGUGCGAGCAGGUCGACGCCGGGCUGUCGUUCACCAAGAAAGAAUUGGAGAAGAGCUUUGUGUUUGACCUGAAGACAGAGGAGAGGACGUGGUACCUUGUGGCCGAGUCAGAGGACGACAUGAACCGCUGGGUGGCGUCCAUCUGUCUACUAUGUGGUUUCAACCCAACACAACAGGUCCCUGGCAGCCCUACCGUUGCUGUGGUAACACAAUCCGCCCCGCCCCCUCGUCACCCUGUCAGCUUGCGCUCCCUGGAAACAUCAAGCGGCCACAUGCCGGAAGACUACCUGUGGCUGGCGCAGUGCCAAAGUGGUGUAAGGCCACCUGAAGCUUCGUCCCCCUCUCUUGACAGUGACAAUAGUGACCAUCUAUUCCCUCCUUCGUCUUCCACCUCUUCUUCCUCUUCACCAGUCACUCUGUCCACCAGCCUUCCGUCGUCUACCUCCCGUACGGCACCAUGGGUGGCCGCCCUCAGCCAGCCUCUGGACUGCAGAGGGACUCCUCACCUCCAGAGAGGAGGUGGCAAGCCUCGAUGUCACGCCUCCCCUCACCCUAAGAAGCACUCGAUGGAUUUCCACCUCCGUCCCGUGGACAUCCCCCUUAGUGGCUCGGCAUCCAUACUUCAGCCGGCCCCUGCUCUGCGGCCCUCCUCGACCCCUAGCCUGGCUGUCCUAAACCGGGAGAAGCUCUGCACCUCCUCCCCAACCCCUCCGCCACGCCCACCUAAGCCUGUCGCCAUUGCAAAACAAGGACAGAGUCCCGCAGGAGGCUGCGAGUCACUACCGGACCGAGCGGGAACGUUUAACUUCAGCGAGAGCUUCAACAGCUACUUUUCCAACAAAGGCAUGGUGCUGCUGGGCAGUGUUUGUACUGAAGACGAGGUAGACGAAAACUACGCUCCUAUGAGCGCCGCCACCACGGAACCGCCGUUCGCGGCACGACUCUCUGAGGCAUCCGUCCAUCAUCAGGAGGCCAACUAUGUCCACAUGACUCCAGUUGCUACUCACCACCCUGCCGCAGCGGAUCCACAGUCUUACUGUAGGCAGGUCCCUGCACUCCACAAGACCGUGGCCCGGGAGACAGAACCGCCACCGCCGCCUCCCAUCCACCGUGAUCUAAAGCCACAAUGCAACAGAAAACCAGCUCCUCUGAACCUCCUCCCAGUGCAGCAGAAUUGGCAGGAAGUUCCGCCCCCUGUGCAUUCACCAGUCACUCGAACCUUCACAAGAGAGUAUGUGUGUGUUUUGUCUUUAGAAACAAUGAGCGAGUGGAUAGAAUGUGGCCCGCCCAAUCACCAUAUGGACAAGCCUACCUGCCGCAGUUCGCCCCCCUCCUCCGAUUCGGAUGAUCCCGAUGACAGCUAUGUCGCCAUGACUACCGCCGGUCUUGGUUUCAUGACAGGAGAGCCGUCGCUGAGGCUCAUGCUACACCGGGCCUCGGAGGGCGGGGCCAGCAGCCCGUUGGCUUGGCGAGCCACAGCCAACAAACAGGUGGAGUACCUGGACCUGGACCUGUAUACAGUACGAUCGACACCAACAAGACAGAAACGAUGCCCUGACGAAGUUGGCGGCAGCGGCGAGACGCUGGCAGUCAAGGAAUGCAGCCGGGGCAUGCGUGUGGACUAUGUGGUGGUGGAUCCCAAAAGGACAAAGGCCCUGAAGAACACCAGAGAGGCGUGGCAUGAUGGAAGGAUGUCCACAGAGAAGUGCAAAGAACACAGCUGAAAAAUGAACGAGUUGAGUGAUCAUAAAAUGGAUAAAAAAUGAUGCAAGAUCAGUCACAACUUGGAAUCUGAACCCAAGACAAUAGAUGAAGCUCCAAUGCAGAUGAACACCUUCAAGUGCGUUUGCGUGUGUCAUCUGCUAAUUUAUAUGAACAUACAAAUGUAAUUAAAUAAAUUAUCUGUCCAUUUUCUUUACUGCUUGCAUACUGUAUUAAUCAGGGUCAUGACACUACUACAGCUGACACUCUGAAAAUGAGAGCGCCACUGCCACCCACUGAGUGGAUGUGCAAUUACACUGUAUUCUCGUCCGGCAGAAAAAGUAUGCUCCCCGACCAUAGGCGGAGUUUGACUUUUGCGGCAGGGGGGGGGGCACAACAUGUUGAUGACCCCGAAACACAGUGGCAACCAUAAAAUUAACUUACAAGAAUAUUUAUAAUAAUAAGUUGAAAAUUAGUGUUAUUUUGUUUCCCAUGGUUCUUGAGGGGAAUUCUAAAUGAGGCUGCUGGCAGGACAGCUAUACUUUUCGCCAAGAUCAUCAUCCAUUGAAUAUGGUACACCCGGCGGUAUCGUG